AUGGGAGAACCGGCAGAUGAAAAGGUUCACCCGGUCUCUGAGUCGACAUGCUUUUCCUCAUCGGGCAGUUCUGAGACGAAAGAGCCACAAAUUAAGAACCAGAUAUUAUCGUGCGAUAAUGAAGAGCUCUGCUAUGAUCAUGGCUGGAAGGCAUGGUCACAAGUUCUGGCGUCUUUCUUCCUAUUCUUCAAUACCUGGGGACUUGUGAUCGCAUAUGGCAGUUUUCAAACGUACUAUGAACAACAACUUCUUGUGGGCGAUUCCCCAUCGACAAUAUCAUGGAUCGGCUCCAUCCAGGCGUUUCUCUUGUUAUUCGUAGGUGCCGUCACGGGCCCUCUUUUCGAUGCUGGCUACACCCGAAUGCUGGCGAUGGGUGGCUGGUUUCUCUACUCAUUCGGGCUCAUGACGACCAGUAUAUCCACUGAGCUGUGGCAGAUCAUGCUUUCGCAGGUCUUCUGCAUCGGCCUAGGAUGCGGAAUGGUCUUUGUUUCUUGCGUAGCGGUUCUUCCGCAGUAUUUCAAACGUCGACGAGACCUGGCCAACGGAAUCGCAGCUUUGGGAACUGGCAUUGGCGGGAUGGUUUACCCCGUAAUGUUCCGCCAGGUUCAAUUGAAACUCGGCUUUGCGUGGGCCACUCGGGAGAAGCGUGCUCUCGUGCAGCUUUCGGCAUUCAAGGAGCCGGCGUUCUGUCUCUUCUGCAUAGCCCAGUUCGUCGGUUUCGUUGGUCUCUAUAACGUGCUCGUCUACGUACAGCCCUACGCGAUUGAUAAUGGCGUAAUGAGCGAAAAGUUGGCGUUUUACCUGGUUGCCAUUCUCAACGCAAGUUCAACAGUCGGGCGUAUCCUCCCUAACUACGUCGCCGAUUUCAUCGGCCCCCUGAAUAUCAUGAUACCAAUGACUCUCGCCAUUGGCAUCCUUGAUUUUGCGUGGGUUGGAAUACACAACGCGGCUGGCUUAAUUGCUCUAGUAGUAUUGUACGGAUUUACCGCGGCGGGGUUCGUCGCUGUGGCACCUAUUGCGGUUAUGAACAUAACCACUGAUAUGCGAGAUUUGGCACGCGCUUGGGGAUGUCGUUUGUCUUUUGCGCUUCGGGCUCACUAA